AUGGGCAAGCGUUUGGAUGCAUCAGGAAGAACCUGCGUGGUCGAUCAAAAGCCAUUCCUGCUGCUCAUCCAGAGAAACAACGUUUUCGGUGUGGAGAUGGUUCAAAGAGGAAACAGCACGCCGUCAUUGGCGGGUAUGGUACCAUUGGCUGGAUUAUCCAAUGCAUUUGAUGCUGGUUACGAUGCUGAUUCUGGAGAUCUGUUCGUCUUGGAGCAUACUAACAUUGCUCGUACACUUACUCAAGUCUCCACCGAUGCAGCCAUCUAUAAAUCAUCGAUCAAUGCCGGAAAUAAAACUCAACUCUAUUCCUCGCAAAUUCCUGACGAUCCAUACUGCAUGGCAUUCGAUUGGAAUGGCCGUAAUUUGUAUGUUGGCAAUAAAAUCUCCCAAACGAUCGAAGUGGUUCGCACUGUUGGAACACAGUAUCGCGCAGUUGUACUCUCGAAUGAUCAAACUCCAACUGCUGUCGUAACUCCAGUAUCCAUAGCUGUAGAUUCGGACAGAGGACUAUUGUUCUGGUUGGAUAGGUAACG